GUACAGCCUCGCUGUGAGCCAGGACGCUCGUAACGUGGUUGGGAGUUUCUCCAUUCUCUGGCUCCGAGCAGGAGACUGACCUGACCAUUCCUGCCUGCGAGGAACCCUGCGAGCUGUGGGAUCUGCCCCCACCUUCCUGACAGCCCGAGACGCGUGGAAGUUCGCUGAGCUGCCGCUCUCUUUUAGUGUGUUUUUUGUCUCCGGUCGAGCCGCGGCUGUCAUCGCCACGUUUACCGGCGAUGGCCGCGACCGGUCGCCCGAUCUGGACGCCGGAUUUGCGCGAGACGGUGUGAACUUCAAGGAUGUGAAUGAAGACAACAAAAAGCAAAUUUUUGGUGAAAUCUACACCUCGAUUGACACCUUGGCAUUUACAUUUGGCAAUGUAGUGUCUGACUUCCUUAUGGGAGAUGUAGACAGUGGAUCAGUGUUGGGGGUGCCCCAGACAAGAAGUCGGUCUUUCGAAAACCUGUCAGUGGAUUUUGGAGGAUCAGUCCUGGAAAAGGAUGACGUUUCAGGACAGUCGCAGGCGGAGGAGGUGGACCGCACCCUACUGACCAGCGACAGUGGCGUGGAGUCGGCUCUGCUCUACGCCAAGGCCUGGUCCAAGUACACGAAAGAUCUGCUCUCCUGGGUGGAGAAACGGCUCAGUCUGGACAUCGAGUGUGCGAAGAGUUAUGUGAAGAUGGCAGAAUCGGCGAAGGCUCUCACAAGUCAGCAGGAGUACAUGCCAUUUCGGGAAAUUUACACCUCUGCCUUCAACAAUGAUGCUGAAUAUGGCCACCUCCUGCUGCAGACCGCAGCUGCCCUGCAGGCCAAUAAAUUCAUCCAGCCCCUGCUGGCCCGAAAGAAUGAACUGGACAAACGCAGGAAGGAGAUAAAGGAUCAGUGGCAGAAGGAACAGAAGAAAUUGCAGGAGGCGGACAGCGCGCUGCGUAAGGCCAGGGCGCUGCUGGGCCAGCGGAGGGAGGAGCACGAGAAGGCUCGCUGCUCCACCAGCCGCGUGGAGGAGGAGGCACCACAGGCCGGGGGCAAGCAGCUGGAGAAGAAGAGGCGGCUGGAAGAGGAGGCACUGCAGAAGGCCGAGGAGGCUAACGACCAGUACAAGGCCUGCGUCGCUGACCUCGGGAUGAGGAAGCAGGAUGCGGCCAACGCCAAAAGCGAGAUUUUGACGCAGGUGCACGACCUGGUGUUCCAGUGCGACCUGACACUGAAAGCGGUCACUGUGAACUGGUUCCAGAUGCAGCACGCGCAAGCAGUGUCCCUCCCCGUCAACCAGCAGGCCCUGUGCGAGAGCGCCAAGCGCUACGAGCCAGGCCGCCGAUACGCCGAGUUCGUGCGGAGCCUGCCCCGGGACCGACUGCGGCCCGGCUUCUUCUCCUCGGACGUCCCCCAGAACUCGGGGGUGCUCGUCGGGAAGCGCUCGGCGGGAAGCGUCCACUCCUCGCACGGCAAUCUGUCGCAGAUGUCCGUCACGUCAAGUGACUUCCAGAGCACGGACGAGGUUGACAGCCCCGGCCAAACGCGGGCAGAGAAGGCGGGCGAGGGGCGUGCCAACAGCAGCGCAGACGUCCAAACACUGAGGACGCAGGGCCCGCUGCGGGCCUGGAGCACGGGCGGCCAGGGCGGGGGCAUGUGCAGUGACUCGGAGAGCGCAGGGGGCAGCAGCGAGUCCCGCUCCAUGGACUCGCCAACCGCCAGCCCAGGCGACUUUAAGAGGAGGCUGCCCCGAACUCCCUCCACGGGCACCAUGUCUUCUGCGGAUGACCUGGACGAGAGGGAGCCCCCCUCCCCUUCGGACAACGGCCUUGGUGAGAUGGUCAUGGAGACAGCCAGUUCCCCUGGGCCUUUCCGGAACGCCCAGAUGUCCAAGGCGGCCCAGACCCACAAGCUCCGCAAGCUCCGUGCCCCGUCCAAGUGCCGCGAGUGCGACAGUUUGGUGGUGUUCCACGGGGCCGAGUGCGAGGAGUGCUCUCUGGCCUGUCACAAGAAGUGCCUGGAGACGCUGGCCAUCCAGUGCGGCCACAAGAAGCUCCUGGGCCGACUCCACCUCUUCGGCGUGGACUUCGCACUGGCCGCCAAGAGCAACCCCGACGGCAUCCCAUUCAUCGUCAAGAAGUGCACCUCGGAGAUCGAGAACCGCGCUCUCGGCAUCAAGGGUAUCUACAGGGUGAAUGGUGCAAAGUCGCGGGUGGAGAAGCUCUGUCAGGCUUUUGAAAACGGCAAGGACCUGGUUGAGCUCUCCGACCAUUACCCUCACGACAUCAGCAACGUGCUCAAACUGUACCUCCGACAGCUUCCCGAGCCCCUGAUCCUUUUCCGUUUCUAUAACGACUUCAUCGGCCUGGCCAAGGAGAGCCAGAGUGCCAUCCUAGAUGAGGUGGACGCCGCCCGGUCCCGGCCUGCGGGUGACACGCCCCAGCUAAGCGUCGAGCUCAACCGGGUGCUCUUCAAGAUCCGCGAUUUGCUCCGGCAGCUGCCACUGGCUCAUUACCGCACCCUACAGUAUCUGAUCGGGCACCUACACAGAGUAACGGAGAAAGCAGAUGAGAACAAGAUGACAGCUAGCAACCUAGGGAUCAUCUUUGGCCCAACACUGAUCAAGCCGCGGCAGACGGACGCCGAGGUUUCGCUCUCCUCUCUGGUGGACUAUCCGUACCAGGCCCUCAUCGUGGAGUUACUCAUCACGCACUAUGGCAAGAUCUUCGACACACCACUGCAUCCUAUGUCUCCUACGACCACUGGCUCUCUGCUGCCCCUUAGGGGCCCGGAGGUCCCGGCGAGCUCAGAGGAGCCACAUCUGAGUCGCCACUCCAAGUCUUUGGUUGACAUCAAGGAGCAGAGCUCAAAAGCGUACAAAAGGCACUCCUCUAUAAUUCCUACCUCCCAUUCGGUGGAUGAGGUGAAGGACACUAAACCCAGACUGGAAGACAGUGGCUGUGCACCUGCUGUGGUUGCGUCUUCGGCAAAACUCAAUGGUGCUCCUGGCCAGGCUGUGCCGGAAAUCCACCGGACGACGCUAGUGCUGGAGAAGCAGCACGUCAGCACGGCCCGGGUGCAGCUGAGAGCGCCUCGGAGCAAGCCGGUCUGCCGGCCCAUCAGCAUGCCGGUGGAGAGGCUGCUGGGCCCCAGCCAGGUACUCGAGAGGAACAACAGGAACAGCUCACAGCGCGAGAGGAGCCCCGCUAUCCAGGAGGCACCGGAGCCAGAGAAGCCGGGCCCCAGGGUCAGCUCCUACUACCGGAGCCCCUAUAUCGAUACCCAGACCUUGCGCAAGACCUGGGACAAGCAGUACAAGCAUUACGACAUCACUCCGCGGACCGCUAUGAUCAUGGCCAACAUUCCCACGGAUGGCAGCGCUGGGGAUUCUGGGAAUUUGUCCACCUCACUCCCAGCCACCACAUUCACGAUGCCCGGGAGGACCGGAAGGACCUUGCGGAGGGAGAACAACUUUAGUGAGCCCUGCCCGGGGAGCGGGAACGUCGUCAGGCCCCCUCGGACUUUGCGGCCCCCACCCGGGACAUUUUACAAACCACCCCCAAGCCAAAAGGCCAAGCCGGCAGAGCUAGAGGCUCGACGGUGCAGUGAGCCUGCCAGCAUCCCAAAAGACACCGGGCCAUCUCAUGGCGUGGAGACGGAUCUGGGGGUGGGAUCAGAGGCGGGGCUACAGAUGAGGCUGUCUGUGGAUGAGCCAAUGGAAUCGGAGCCCGCUGCCUCCCAGGCCCGCUCACAGCCGCAGUCCCCCAGUUCUGGACCCGAGGACCUGUGCGUGAGUGAGGCCAAACCCGUCUUCCAGAGACUGAGGACCCGUCGUGUGCCGGAAUUUGAACACAGGGAAGCGCACUUCGUGUGAUUGCUGAGCCGGACUCCUGCGCUUACCUGUACAUACGUAUGUUUUUUUUUGUGCCAUUUUGUAUAAAAGAAAUCCCAUCUCUUUAAGAGGGAGAAGAAAAUUUCAAGAACUGUGAAAAUUAACCACAGGAGUGUUACUUGUAUUAAUAUAUUUUGUGUUCUGUUGGGUAAGGCUGGAAAUGAGACGUCCCGGACCGUGAGACAUGCACUCGGCACACAUUUUAAACUGUGUCUGUGGCUUCCUCCUUUACUGGUAUAAACAGACCCAGUAUCCUGUGAAAGCUGAGUGUCAUUCUGGCAGGUUUCUAGAGAAAAGAUGAUGGACGCUUUGUGGAGGAGUGUGUGUGUGUGUGUGUGUGUGUGUGUUACAUUGGCCAGGAUACCUGUCUUGGCCAUAGAGCUGCUUUUCAAUGCCAUAAGAUCAGCCUUUUGAGGUUCAUUUUAUUUUAAUGUGUUUCUUUCAUUCUCAAGCAAUUUGUCACGACUUGCAUGUGAAGCCCUGUUGUAUUACUGCAUAAUUACCAUGGUCAUUACGAUGCACUUAGUGUACAAAUGCAAAUGGAGACAUCUGUCUGUUUUACAACUGGAAAGUUUAUACAUAUCAUAUGUAGUUUCAGCUCAAAUAAGUGUCUCUUGUAGUACGUGUAAACCUUGUAUUUUUAUGUAUAUGUAAAGUAUAACCUUUCCAGUUUAAAGUCUCUUGUAAUGUAUUAACAUACUGCCUAUUCACAGACGUUCGCGCCAAACGUAUGCCACUAUUUGUAACUUAUUAAACGUGUGCUUCUUCAAUCGUAAAUGCUCAGUGUUUUGCCGUGCUUCCUCAUGCGGCUGCAGCCCAUCGUUUUGCUGAGACUCCCACAAGCCCUUUCUGCUGAUUGCCUCACUUCCUGUCACAUGAUGUAGGGUGUUCCUGUAAUCAGGAUUUGUCGGGAAGGCCAUAGGUAUCUUUGGAUCCUCUCAUGCCCGUUGCCAUGGCUGUGGCCAUAGCCUAGCCCACCCCCAUUUAUAAAUGUCUAGUGAGACUCCUGGAUCCCAUUAAUGGACCUUUCACACCAAUUCACAUUUUACUCCCCUUGCCUAAGAGAUAUUCCUAAAUACCUGUUCCAGUACCUUCACCAUUCGUGGGGAUUUUUUUUCCCUGGAAUUCUGACAGAUUCCACUGUCAUAAAUGAAACCUAAUCAUCCGGACCGGUUACAGUCUCCCGCAGGAACCAGGAGCGUACACUAGAUCUUAAAUGGUCACUGCAUUUAAAAGAAGAAAGAAAAACGUGUGGAUGGUCUGUAGAACCACGCGACCCUAUUGUUUGAGCACGUCGCCUUUCAUUGGUCAGCUCGCAGCAUCAGACGCCCCCCCCCCCCACCUUGGUAUAUAACCGGUUCUUUGUUUUGGCUGAAGAGUAACUCUAAGUUGUCUGAGAAGCUGCCUGUUACUGUAUUGCAGUAUUUUUCCAUGUUAAUUAUCGGAUGUUAAUUCCACGUAGAAUCAUCUGGACAUGUACUUGGUCGAGUGAGCUUGUUUCGUCGUGGGUGGAAAUAUUUAAAUGAGGAUUUCGGUAGCAGAGUGAUCUUCCUGACAAUAUCAGUAUAUUACUGGUAAUAUUGUAUUCAGGUUAUAUUUAUGUGUUUCAGUAUUGGCAAAAAAAAAAACUGAUUUUGGGCGAUGGGGGUUGAUGAAAUGUUUUAUUCCCCAUUGUAUUUGCUCAAAACAAUCUGAUUUUUCCAAAGUGUACAAUGUCAUUUUUAAUAAUAAAAAAAAAACAGUGGAAAUCAUAAA